GUUUUACCGGUCAAGAAACCUGUCACCUGUCUCCACGAUCAUCUUAGAAUGUCGUUUGACUUAAAGAAAAUAUCUGGCACUUAUAAGAUCACCGGGAAAUCCGACAACUUUGGAGAGAUCAUGCAGAAACUUGGAGUCCCACCAGAGGCCCUUGAGAAGCUCCUUGCCUCAGAGAUUAAGAAAGAAGUGACAGUGUCUGGUGACACGUUUACUGACAGGACAAUAUUUGGUCGGGAAUGUGCGAACACUCACACACUAGGACAGGAGAGUGAGGAAACAGACGCAGUGGGGAACAAGAGGAAGGUGACCUAUACCAUGGAGGGAGACACCCUGGUGUACGUGUACCCUGACUAUGACGGGAAGGGACUGGUGGUCCAACAGACACUCCGGUGGACGGACGACAAGACCAUACUACAUGGACUUCUAGCAGGUGACGCUCUCGUCUGGUCUUUUCCUCUCACCCGAGAAAAAUCGUCCAAAAUGCCGUUUGACUUGGCUAAAGGUACCGGUACCUGGAAGGGAACCAAGCGCUCCGACAACUAUGGAGAGAUCAUGACCAAAAUGGGAAUCCCGGCCGAGGCUCAGGCGAUGAUGAAAGAUGCAGAGUUCCCGCUUGAGAUCACAGUGUCCGGGAACAGCUUCACCAGUAAGGGCACCCUGCUGGGCAAGACCGCUGAGAACACCUUCACUCUCGGACAGGAGUGUGACGAGACCGACCCAACCGGGAAAAAGAGGAAGGUGACCUACACCAUGGAAGGAGACACCCUGGUCUCCGUGCACCCGAACCAUGACGGGAACGGUCUGGUGGUCCGGCAGACACGCCGCUGGCUGGACGACAAGACCAUCCGUACGGAAUACAAGGUCGGUGAUCUGGAGGGAUUCACUGAGAUGCAGAAGAUCUAGAUCUCGGGAUCACUGUGUUCCACCGUGAUCCACUGUGAUCCACUUUGAUCCACUGGGUUCCAAUGUGAUCCACUGUGAUCCAUUGUGAUCCACUGGGUUCCAUUGUGAUCCACUGUGAUCCACUGUGAUCCACUGGGUUCCACUGGAUUUCAUUGUGAUCCACUGUGAUCCACUGUGUUUCACUGUGAUCCACUGGGUUCCAUUGUGACCACUGUGAUCCACUGGGUUCCAUUGGGAUCCACUGUGAUCCACUGGGUUCCACUGGGUUCCACUGUGAUCCACUGUGAUCCACUGGGUUCCAUUGUGAUCCACUGCGAUCCACUGGGUUCCACUGUGACCCACUGUGAUCCACUGUGAUCCACUGUGAUCCACUGUGAUACACUGUGAUCCACUGUUCUGUGGACAUGCCGCACUUCUCUUUCUUCUUGCACCACUUUCACAUCCCGACAGUUUUGUUGCCACCAUAUUAAAGAAUUGAGAAAAA